ACAGACAUAACAGCAGGAGUGUUAUAAACCUUCUACACGCAAACAUAUCGACGAAUGCAUUGUUGAGCAGACAAAAAGAUUCGCGUUAGAUACAUUUUAAAGUGGAUUUCUGUAAUCAACCAUGGAAGAACUCACGGCGUUCGUGUCGAAAUCCUUCGAUAAGAAAAGCAAGGAGAGCAGCAAAGAGAGCAUCACGUACAGGGAAGUUUUGGAGAGUGGUUUAGCCCGAGCCAGAGAGCUGGGAAACUCGGAGACCAGCCUUCAGGAAAUUACAGAAACCAACAACAACCAUUGUCCGAUACACCUUUACAAGGAGCACGUAGAGCUGGAAAAGGAGAAAUUGAAGGAGUUUAACGUGACACGGGCUACUGACGGAAUUUAUGAUUGCAAAGACAAGAAGGAGGAUGUGAAGUCAGAGGACGAGGACGCACAGAGUAAACUGAAGCAGAGACGGAGCAGGACAAAUUUUACCUUAGAGCAGCUGAAUGAACUGGAGCGCUUAUUUGAUGAGACGCAUUACCCGGACGCCUUCAUGCGCGAGGAGCUGAGUCAGAGGCUCGGGCUGUCAGAGGCCCGCGUGCAGGUAUGGUUUCAGAACAGAAGAGCGAAAUGCCGAAAACAGGAAAAUCAAAUGCACAAAGGUGUUAUUUUGGGCACCGCCAGUCACCUGGACGCGUGCAGGGUCGCUCCUUACGUGAAUAUGGGCGCGCUAAGAAUGCCAUUUCAACAGGUCCAAGCUCAGUUACAGUUGGAGGGGGUCGGAACACACUCCCAUCCUCACCUGCACCCACACCUCGCAGCCCACGCUCCCUAUCUGAUGUUCCCGCCCCCGCCUUUUGGAUUACCAAUCGCGUCGCUGGCAGACUCGGCGUCUGCGGCGGCCGCCGUGGUAGCUGCUGCCAAGAGCAAUAGCAAGAACUCCAGCAUCGCUGACCUGCGACUCAAGGCAGGACUUCUUGGAGGCCACUGGCUCAGCCCUUUCCAGGCACAGAUCACAGCUCCAGGACCAUACAAAAAUAUCUGGAUGUCUGUCUGAAAACCAACUAGGAGUGAAGACUUUUUAAAAAAGCAAAAGGCAGACACAAAGUGAGGCUAGAGAUUGUGUUUUUAUGGACAGACACUGAGACUUUGGAAUCUCAACCUCAAAGUGAAAAGAAAGAGACGGGCAUUUUUGCCUCCUACCACUGUGCCACUGCCUAGUGCACGUGCUCAAAUGAAGGAUUGACCUAUUGGGGCUGGCCUCCAUUGUAACUGACAUACAUCUAUGUUGAUCACUGCCAUGAUAAGCCUCCACUACAAUUAAUAUCUAAAGCAGUUAUUUGCAUUUUUAUUUUGUUUUUCAUUGUUCAUUCUGCUGUGGACAAAGACUGGAAACAGCAAUAACAUCAAUGGUACAAUCUCCUGGUUUUUAGUGGAAUUCUUAUGAUUCUUUCUGUUUUGGGAGGAAAUGUUCAAUUGCUGUUACUUCCUUCUGGGCAUGUGUAUGGACUUUAGCUUUCAUUCUCAUAUUUUGUGCUCUCUUUUUUAUGUGAUGUGUCCUGGAAUAGAAGUGAACCUAUAGCUUUUGCACUUCAGGUCUUGCUCUUAAGGGGUUUACAAUCCUUCAUGCAAGAUAUACUACUAUGUAAGGGGGAAACAAAUUUGGCUUUCGUUUUGCUGAAAUACAUUGAAAUGACUUGUUUUUGUUUGUUUGUUUCGAAAAGGAUAAAAGGUAACCGUGUAAUUUAACAUUUUAAGGAACAUCAGUUUAACUGAAAUGCAAUUAUGUGCAGUUAAGUGCAAUACUGUAAAUAUGGAAAAUGUAAUAUAGCGGUUGAUGUUUGCUAAUUAAACAAUGAUUUUGAA